AUGAAGAGCAAGACGGGCCCACCGACCAAGCGAAGGAAGUUGAAUGUGUCCGCCGUUGAGGAGGUUGUUUUUGACCAGACCUCUCGCUUUGACUACUUGACCGGCUUUCACAAACGUAAGGUCCAGAGGACGAAAGCUGCUCAGGAAGCUGCUGCUCAGCGUGCUCGGCAAGAACGAAUCGACGAUCGCAAGAAGUUACGUGAAGAACGAAAAGCAGAUUUGGAACGCCAUGUCAGAGAGGUCAAUGCCAUGCUGCCUUCAGCAAACAUAGCGACCAAUGCAGUAUCAGACCAGGAAGAGGUGGAGGAGGCAUGCGAGGUCUGGAGUGGCAUACAGGAUGCCAUUCCAGAGCCAGUAGACCAUGAGGCAGAAUACAUAGACGAGGGCAAAUACACCACUGUCACUGUAGAAGAGGUCGAUAUCUCCAGAGAUGGGAUCUCUAAGCUGAAAGACGGUACUGGCGAAGAAGUCGAAGAGGGAGACAAGACGUCGACUUCCGGAUCUGCGUCAACAUCGAGACAGAAGCCGUCAACAACGAGGAUAAAAGACAAGGACAAACGGCCUAAGAGGAAAAAGAAGGCCUUCCGAUAUGAGAGUCCGGCGGAGCGCAAGGCCAAUCGACUCAAGGAGAAGGCCAAAAAGAGCAAGCAGGCUCAAAUGCGUAGAGGUGAUUGA